CCCAGAAUUCUAGACUGGGAGGCUAUUGUGCUGCCCCCUGAAUAUUUAUGAUCCCAUAUUUAAAAAAAACAACCUUAAGUGAAGAUUUCAGCCAAUGUCAUAUUUAAUUUCCCUGUCUGCAUGGCCUAUUGUGGUUUAUUUUGAGGGUGCCUGAGUGGCUAUACCUGUCUGGAGAUUACUGCUGAGUCCGUGGGGAGCUCAUCAUGACUUUAAAACGCACCACAGACUAGGCGCAAAAGGAGGGCUGCUGGUUGUGGUGGUGGUGGGGGGGAGCCCACGCACAGUCUCUUAUUACACCUUGCACGCUCGUUUAAGAAGACCCAAGAAAAGUCAGCAGGACGCGCACGCUGAACGUGCAUCCAUGCGGUGUUUCUGCGCACCCAUGUGGUCUUUACGGACCAAACUUCUUCCAAGCCUCUAAAGAUCUGCAGGACCACACAGGAGCUCCACGUCUGCUUCUUCCGGAAUUCUGAGCGAGGCAGCGGUCACAUGAGGCCAAGUUUGGCAGCUUUUUCUCUUCUUCCGAGUGGAUCCGCCGCCGAGGAGCCAUGAACGCCUCCUCCAUCCUCGACGCGACCCAGGGCGCGCUGCUCAACGGGAGUCGGACCCUGGCGGGCACUCUGGCCACCUACUCCGGCAACGGCAGCGAGCAGGCGGUGACCGUGGACGGCAGCGGGUCGCUGGUGCUGCUGCAGGAGGAGCGCAAACUGCUGGUGAUGCGGGUGGUGCAGAUCGCCGUGCUGUGCGUGCUGUCGCUCACGGUGGUCUUCGGGGUCUUCUUCCUGGGCUGCAACCUGAUGAUCAAAUCCGAGAGCAUGAUCAACUUCCUGGUGAAGGAGCGCCGGUCCUCCAAGGACGUGGAGACCGGGAUGAUCGGGCUCAGCUAGAGAGACACGUGGCGCUGGCUGGUGCUGACGCUGGGGGGGAUCUGUAUCUGCAUGAACUUAUUCAAGAUUUCCUCCAAGUUUCCCCCCUCAGUGAAGAUUAGAUAUGCAACAAGGUCACACUUCCCUUCCAAAACUCCAAAGUAGGAUUGUGCGUAAAGCUUGUGCGUAAAAGAAGCCAACACGUUUACGCGUGGCUCCAUGUCUUUGGGGUGAAGUUUUUAAAACAUGCCAACUUGAACAAAAGUGACGAAAAAUGUUUACAAGCUGUUACCUCAUGUUCGUUUUGCUUUUGUACUUUGGGUAAUUAUAUUUUAAUGAAUGUUUAAUGAAACUCUCCAAAAGCAUGAUUGUGAUUUUUUUGCAGUCAACUUUCUCAUGUAGGGAGCGUAUAGGUAUUCUCUUUCAAAAUGUAUUUUUCUUGACUUAUAUGUGCAAAUACAGCCACACCUGUACAAACGUUGCACGUUUAUAAGCUCUCACUCUUUGUGGAGUGACGCUGCUCCUUGUUUGGCAUGCAUUUCGUGUGUUAUUAAGUCUUUCCUGGAAUCUGUUUUGCACUUUGGAAAACACAAAACAUAAAUGCUGCAUGACAUUUUUUUUGUACCAAAAGAGAUUGCAAAGAUUAAAAAAAAA